AUGAACCCGGCCGGUCUCAAUCCGCAUCCGUUUGACCGGGUGAAACAACUCGGGGCUGUUGGCCUCCCUCGACAGGUGCCCCAGAAACCGCUUGACGAGGUCACCUGCUUCAAGUGCGGUGAUAAGGGUCACUACGCGAACCGCUGCAACAAGGGCUACUUAGCAUUCCUCAGCAAGGGCUCGAAUCAGGUGGGCGUCGGCGCCCCUGUAUCAUAG